UUUCCCAUCUCUUACUCACUCUCUUCCCUACAACAAACAUGGCCGCGAAAUCUGACGGUGCACCAGGCUCUCAUCGAAACGACAUCCCACCAGAGUGUCCUGCCAGGUCGGACCCAAGGUCACCGCCGCUGCCGAAGCGCCUUCGCCCCAAGCAGCGCUACUCCCUGUCGGACUGCUGCUGGACCCUGUGCGCCCUCCUGGUCUUCUUCUCGGACGGGGCCUCAGACCUGUGGCUGUCCGCGGACUACUACCUUCGGAGCUACUACUGGUGCUUUGCGCUGACUCUGGUCUUUGUCAUUGUCCCGUCCGUGGUCGUGCAAGUGCUCAGCUUCCGAUGGUUCGCCUACGACUUCGCGGAGAGCGUCGAGAGCGGCACGGCCGCGGCCGCCGUGGUGGCGGCGUCGGGCGCGGAGGAGAGGGACUUCAGCACCAAGGACAGCGGCGAGCAGGGCGCUGGCUGCGGGGCCGCGGUGCUACCGCUGACGGGGCCGCCGAGCCCCGCGGGAGGAGCCCGGGGGUGCUGCAGAGUCUUCAUGUGGCUCUUCCAGGCCGUCAUUCAUAUCUUUCAGCUGGCGCAGGUCUGGAGGUACGUCCACGCCUUGUAUUUGGGCGUGCAGAGCCGCUGGCACGGCGACCCGGAGCGCCGCCACUACUACUGGCGCAUGAUGUUCGAGAGUGCUGACAUCAGCAUGCUGCGCCUGCUGGAGUCCUUCCUGAAGAGCGCCCCCCAACUGGUGCUGCAGCUCAGCAUCAUGAUCCAGAGUGGUCAGGUGCUGCCGCUUCAGGGACUUUCAGCUUCUGCUUCACUCAUAUCUCUCUCCUGGAUGAUCUCCUCCUACCAGAAAGUCUUGAGGGACUCCAGAGACGAUAAGCUGCCCAUGACCUACAAGGCCGUCAUCGUUCAGAUUCUGUGGCACCUGUUCACCAUCGGGGCCCGCGCUCUGGCCUUUGCCCUGUUUGCCUCCGUGUUCCAGCUUUACUUUGGCAUCUUCAUCGUGGCCCACUGGUGCAUCAUGACAUUUUGGAUCAUUCAAGGGGAAACAGACUUCUGCAUGUCCAAGUGGGAGGAGAUCAUCUACAAUAUGAUGGUGGGCAUUGUGUAUGUUUUCUGCUGGUUCAGCGUGAGGGAGGGACACACUCGCUGCCGGAUGCUCAUCUACAGUCUGACAGUGUUUGCAGAGAACGUGGCACUAACCACUGCCUGGUACCUUUUCCGCGGCACUCUUACCUCAGACUUCUAUGCCGUCAUUUUGGUGUGUGUGGUGGCCAGCAGCUAUGCUCUGGGCACCUUCUUCAUGUUUGUGUAUUACUGUCUGCUGCACCCUGAUGGGCCAGUCUCAGGCUGGGGCUACGUCGUGGAGAAGGAGGUGCCUGUGGAGUCGCUGGCCUCCCCGGCCACCAGCCUCCCCCCUGACCUGGUCAGCAGCCCCCCUAGGACCCUGCAGAGAACUAAAGGGUCAGAGCGAGAGCAGGGGCCUGGGGUAGAUGGCGAUGUCUUUCAGGUGCGACCACCUCGCGGAGCUCAGGUGCCCGCGCAACACCUCACACCCAGGACAGAGGGGCCUGUCAUCCGAAUAGACCUUCCCAGGAAGAAGUACCCAGCUUGGGACGCUCACUUCAUCGAUCGUCGGUUGCGUAAAACCAUCCUGGUGCUCGAAAGUGCUGCCCCAGUCACACCAAGGAUCCAGUACCGCUGUCUGGGCACACCCAAAGAAGUGAUGGAGUUUGAGACCACUGUGUGAUCCGCUGAAGGCGCUGGGACUCAGCUUGCUGCCAACAUGGACACCCUGCCUUAAAUAAAACGGCAGGCGGAUGACUCUCUCACGGAGUGGUGCGUUUCAGCUCCGCGUCUCCUUCUUCGCACGCUGUGCUGUCAGGAGGCGGAGACAAACGCGACAGAGUGUGUUGUCCUUAUUUUUUAAACAGGCAAAAAUUGUGCGAUGUUGUCUAACGACGGUGCGUAUUUUAGUUUCUGUAUCAUUUCUCAGGUCAGGAUGUGGUACAGGAAGAGGUCAGCGGCAAAGCUCGCCGCCCUGCUGGUGAACUCAGAGAGAAGCACGACGACGGGCAGGCGCCAAAAAAACUGAGCUGUGUGACGAUCAAUCAGAGGAGAAAAGUCCUCCUCGGGGAAGGUGCUUCAGCUCAGAACAUCCUCUGAAGGCCAUCAGCAACAACAGAGGCAAGCCUUCAACAUGCAUGACUACUUAUGGCAGCUAGACGUGAAACAUCACUGCACAAGAUGUAGGCGGGAGACAUUUUAUAAAAAUGUGUCAUUUCCAACACAAUCUGCAGACGAUACACGGGCACUGAUCAUCACAAUCCUUAUUUUCCCAUAGAUACUCACUCAUGUUGAAGGAAACUCUCCAAAUGCUGCUUCAAACCAGAGAGCAGAUCAAAGGCAACAUUUUAGUUGAAUGUAAAAAAAAAGAAGAAAGAAGAUAAACAGUUGAAAAUGUGAUUAUUUAUGACAAGACUUAAAGCAUUUUCAUGCUUAGUGGUAUUUAUGACAUUCUUGUGGUACUACACACACAUAUAUAUAUAUAUGUUUGUUUGUUUUUUCUUUGAAGUAUGAUAGAACAAAAAAAAAGAGAUUUGUGUGUUUACAAGCAAUCUGUUGUUUUUUGGGGACACGCCAUCACUAUAAAAAAACAACAGCUACUUUAUGAUUUCCGUUUAAUUCGCAGGACGUGUUAAAACAGCAGUGUUUUCCUUCUGCACACAUUCAUUUUCCGCGUUAAUACAUCUGUACGCUGACGUGGAAGUUUCGUAGACGGGGAGCGCGGCGUCUGUGGUUGUGCUGUAUCCAUAUAGUUGUGAUUAAAAAAAAAAGAAAAUGAAAUGAUAGAAAUAGCUACAGACUCCUAUCAGAAUAGUUUUGAUAUUAUCAAUGGAACAGGCAUGUGGUACUUUUAUUGUGAACACUUUAUUUUAUAGGUUUGCUAUCUCCUUAUAUUUUCCUCAAAACUUCCCUAGGAAGAAAACAUUUGGUUUGGUAUGACUUUUCAGAAAAAAAAAAAUAGAGGCAAAGUUUGACCACGUUUUAAAAAAAUAACUGCUUCAUCAUUCACUGAUUCUUUGUAAAAUGUCUUUAGGGCAAACUGGACAUUUUUAAUAACAGUUAGAGCAGACACAUGAACACAACAUCCAAAUAUUUGCAGAUUUUGGGGUUUGUUUUUUAACUUUUUUUGAACACUGACUACAUUUUUUAUUUAUUUAUAUAUUUAUUUACCUUUAUUUAACCGGGUGGAUCCCAUUGAGAUUAAAAACCUCUUUUCCAAAGGGAGACCUGGUCAAGAUAGGCAGCAUCCCAUAAAAACACAAAUA